AUGAACACCAGCCUCCCCAAACUCAUCUUCGGCGGCGGCAGCAUAAUCAGAGACGACGGCCUCUUCUCAACGCCACAACAAGUAACCCUCUCUCACCUCCACUCGACCCAAGAAAACAUCCAUCAAAUCGACACAGCCCAACUAUACGGAAACAGCGAUGACAUUCUCGGCACCGUUAACCCAGGGGCUAUCGGCAUGAGACAUAUCGGCAGUUUGGCGAAGUGUAGCUCAUCCCGGGAGGAGAAUUAUGAUUGA